AUGAAAUUGUCCACAGCUCUCCGUUACGCUUCUCGAAGUCUUCCCAGUACACCGGGAAAUCGCUCGCGAAACAGUUUAAGAGUGUUUGGUUCAGAAAAAAGGUCCAUACCGGUCAAUAGUACUAGCUCCCGACUACUUGUUCGUGGUGCUACGUCUGGCGGCGGAAACAGCUCUACCGACACGGCUAUCAAGUACGGAAAAUUUCCAAGAAAGACCGAGGAUCCUGCGCAUGAAAAUAUCAUAAGAGAAAUUAUCCAGAGGAACAGAAAAGAGCUGACUUCACUAGGACAAAGUGUCUCUGAUAUCAAACCUCUUCUGGCUAUUGUGCAAGCAGGAGAAGAUGACAGUUUGCUGGAAGUUAAUAAGAAAAUGGCUGGAAAGAUUGGCUUGAAUGUCAUGCAGAUAUGCCUGCCUGGAGGGUGCUCUGAGGAAGAGGUGAUAGAAGAGGUCCUAAAGCUGAAUGAAGACCCUCGUGUUCAGGGUGUGUUCCUGCACCUACCACCCUCUUCACUCUCCAGCAGAGUCCUCAACGCCAUCAAACCAGAGAAGGAUGUGGAUGGGGUGUCAGAUCUGAACAUGGGGAGGCUGGUCAGAGGAGAUCUAACAGAAGGCUUCAUUCCUCCUGUGGCCGGAGCUGUGCUCGAACUGCUCUCAAGACAUGAUGCUCCUCUGUUUGGGAAAAUGGCUUUGAUUAUUGGGGUGGAAGGACCCCUUAAGGUGGCUCUUCAGUGCCUGAUGCAAAAAGAUGGUAUGGUAGUCCAGAGCAGCCACUGGAACUCAGACAAUCUGCAGAAACAGGUCAUGCGAGCCGAUAUCGUUGUUUUAACAGGAUCAAGACACACAGAGCUUCCAGUGUCAUGGUUAAAACCUGGGGUGGCUGUUAUUAAUUGCACCUCUGCCGUCAUGUCAGAUAUGGAGGUGUUUUCGUUGGUUGGUAUUGGACCCCUUAGCGCAGCCAUGAGGAUGCAGAACGUUGUGAAGAGCAGUCACAGGCGGCGUGAGGAACAACGAUACCAACCGUGGAGACUCCGCAGCCUGAAGCUCCAGCCGCUGUCUCCUGUACCCAGUGACAUUGAAAUAUCGAGAGCCCAGACGCCCAAACCCAUCGAUCAGCUGGCUCAGGAGAUUGGCCUGCUCCCAGAAGAACUGGAGGCCUACGGCCGAACCAAAGCCAAGGUCCGCCUCUCCCUCCUCCAGCGCCUCAAGGACCAGCCCAACGGCAAAUACGUAUUGGUCGCUGGGAUUACUCCCACUCCUCUGGGUGAAGGGAAAAGCACAGUGACCAUUGGUCUGGUACAGGCCCUGUCUGCUCACCUCCGACUCAACUCCUUUGCCUGUCUCAGACAGCCCUCCCAAGGACCUACGUUUGGGGUCAAAGGAGGUGCUGCUGGUGGAGGAUAUGCUCAGGUCAUUCCUAUGGAGGAGUUUAAUCUCCAUCUCACAGGUGACAUUCAUGCCAUCACUGCUGCCAAUAACCUGGUGGCAGCAGCUGUCGAUGCCCGAAUUUUACACGAGGCCACACAGUCAGACAAGGCCUUGUAUAAUCGACUAGUGCCGUCUGUCAACGGAGUGAGACGAUUUUCUCCCAUACAGCUGGCCAGACUGCAGCGUCUAGGGAUCAGUAAGACUGAUCCUAGUGCCCUGACACCACAGGAAGUCAAUUCGUUUGUUCGCCUUGACCUUGACCCUGAAAAGGUGACAUGGCAGAGAGUUGUUGAUACCAAUGAUCGUUUCCUGAGGAAGAUCACCAUUGGCCAGGCCAACACGGAGAAGGGCCACAUUAGGCAGGCCCAGUUUGACAUUGCCGUGGCCAGCGAGAUCAUGGCCAUUCUAGCUCUGGCUGACGGACUGGCCGACAUGAAGACCAGACUGGGCCGUAUGGUGGUGGGCAGCAGCAGGAAUGGGAAUCCGGUCACGGCAGACGACCUGGGUGUAACUGGAGCUCUGGCUGUCCUUAUGAAAGAUGCCAUCAAACCCACACUGAUGCAGACACUGGAGGGCACUCCAGUGUUUGUCCACGCUGGACCCUUCGCCAACAUCGCCCAUGGCAGCUCUUCAGUUCUGGCUGACAAACUGGCUCUCAAACUGGUUGGCGAGGAUGGCUAUGUAGUGACAGAAGCUGGCUUUGGAGCAGACAUUGGGAUGGAGAAGUUCUUUAACAUUAAAUGUCGGGCGUCUGGACUGAGGCCUGAUGUGGUGGUACUGGUGGCGACCAUACGAGCUUUGAAGAUGCAUGGAGGAGGUCCAAAUGUCACUGCUGGAGCACCACUUCCCAGAGAAUACAUAGAUGAGAACUUGGAGCUGGUUGAAAGGGGGUGCAGUAACCUGAAGAAACAGAUUCAGAUUGCUCACCUGUUUGGUGUGCCUGUGGUCGUCGCUCUCAAUGUGUUCAAGACUGAUACUCAAAGAGAGAUUGACAUGGUGUGUCGUAUUGCUGCGAGUUCCGGGGCCUCGGCGGCUGUGCCGUGUCAUCACUGGGCACGGGGUGGGCGGGGCUCUGUGGAGCUUGCUCACGCUGUGAAAGAAGCAGCCUCGCAGGAGAACGAUUUCCGUUUCUUAUACAGCCUGCAGAUGCCCAUAGUGGAGAAAAUUCGGACGAUUGCACAGAAAGUCUAUGGGGCUGAUGAUAUUCAGUUAUCAGCAGAGGCCCAAGCUAAGAUAGACUACUACAAUCAGCAGGGAUUUGACACGCUGCCUAUUUGCAUGGCCAAGACUCACCUGUCACUCUCACACAUGCCUGACAAAAAGGGGGUGCCCACUGGCUUCAUUCUACCAAUCAGAGAUGUCCGUGCCAGCAUUGGGGCAGGGUUUAUUUACCCUCUUGUUGGAGCAAUGAGCACCAUGCCUGGCCUGCCCACUCGACCCUGUUUCUAUGACAUAGACCUUGAUCCUGUCACUGAAGAGAUAACAGGCCUUUUCUGA